CUGUAUUCCACUGUACUUUAGAAACUUUCCCCAUCUGCUCUUCUUUCACUUUCUAUCUCUGUGUAAAAGCUUUUACACUGUCUAGUAUCAGCUCUUGAUCAGUUGGUGAGAAACUAGAGAUAUAAUGGACGAGGAAACUUUGCGAGACUCUGAGGAGGAGAUCUGGGCUUGUGGGGACGAAACAGAUGCAAAGCCUGACCGUAAAGCAAGAUAUCUGCUUUUUGGAGGUAGCAAGAAGAACAAGGAUGAAAAGGUGUCGGAAAAGGAAUCGUCCUCUGAGCACCGCUACCGCAUCGUUUCACCAAUGUGCCAAUAUACAAUGACCCACAAGCGAGUAGGAAAAUGUGUCAUCAUCAACAAUAAGAACUUUAAUGAUGAUACAGGGAUGAAUGUACGUAAUGGCACAGAUCGAGAUGCAGGAGAACUGUUCAAAUGCUUUAAAAACCUUGGUUUUGAAGUUUCCAUCUACAACGACCAGUCCUGUGAAAAAAUGACGAAGAUACUGAAAAAUGUGUCGGAAGAGGAUCACACCGACAGUUCCUGCUUUGCCUGCAUUUUGCUAAGCCAUGGAGAAGAGGGCAUGAUAUAUGGAACGGACGGGGCCAUGCCCAUCAAAGACAUUACCUUCCUCUUCAGAGGAGACAUGUGCAAGAGUCUUGUGGGCAAACCCAAGCUUUUCUUCAUCCAGGCCUGUCGAGGUUCAGAGUUCGAUGAUGGUAUACAGACUGACUCAGGAACACCUCAUGAUGUUCUAGAAACAGAUGCGAGCCCCAGACACAAAAUCCCAGUGGAGGCAGACUUCUUGUUUGCAUACUCCACUGUUCCAGGUUACUAUUCAUGGCGGAACCCGGGCCGAGGCUCUUGGUUCAUCCAAGCUCUUUGUAACGUCCUCAAUGAGUCUGGAAAGCAACUGGAAAUCUUGCAGAUCCUCACACGUGUCAACUACAUGGUGGCAAACAACUUUGAGUCCUGGUCUGAAGAUUCACGCUUCAGUGAGAAGAAGCAGAUUCCCUGUGUUGUCUCUAUGCUGACCAAAGAGCUUUAUUUUAACUGAUAACUACAUGACCACAGAGUUACUUAAAGGUUCUAUUUUUUUUUUUACUUACAUGUUUUUUAUUCUGUUUUCUUUUCUUUUUCUUUUUCAGUUUCAAGUAUGUUUGGUAGCAUACAUUUUCACAUCACAGUCAAAGCUAGACUGAUUUACUGACAGGAUGUGACCACCUGGUCUCAAUAUUCAGGGAUGAUCCAGACACAGCUACAGUUAGUGUUUGUGUGGGAUAGCGGUUUCUCUCUGACUUUAUUCUGGACGCUUAAUAGAUUCUUCAGAAGAGUGGCUCUUUAGUAGCAUGUUACUGUUCAUUAUUUAUCUCUUAUUUGAACAUUAAUAUUGCUGUUCUUUGUCCACAGCGGUGUGAAAUAUUCAUGUUAGGUUUUAUGGCAUUUUAGCAGGGGAACUGUAGCCUAUAUAAGCAUUUUCUUUUCUUCUUUUAUCAUUUAUUCUUGGAUUUAAAUGGUUAUGUGAAUCUUUUGGAGACAGUGUGGACUAUAAUUAGUAUUAAAACUAUAAACAUAAAGCACACAAGAGGCUUGGGGUGGGUUCAAUAUCAUCAAUGGGUUUGGAGUGACUUUAAAGCAUUUAAAUAACAAUAAAUCUAUUUAUUGUAAAUCUAAAUUUUUUAUUGUACACACAACAAUCUAUAAAAACAGCACUUAUCGUAUGAAAGUUGUGCUUUUGAUUUUCAUUUAAUGUUCUGUCAGUUUAUUAUUUAAGGAGGCAGCUACUGUGUAAAUAGUUAAAGGUUAUAAUGAACUGUCCACCGCAUAGCAAAAUUUUCUGUUAUACAAGAGCAGAAAGUGUAUUUUCUCCACUUUUGUUGAAAUAAAGGAUUUCUGAAAGAAAACA